UGUAUGUUCUGCCAAUCGCUUGAGGACAGAGUGGGAAAAGGAGCAAGCAGAGUUAGAAGCCGGACAAAAGAACUUAUAGACCCCUUAUAUACAUAUUUUCCUCAUGUUUUAGAGAGCGUGGUGUGGUGAAAAACAAUUGCGGUGAGUGCGGAUGGACUUGUCAGUGUAGUUAUGGAGCCCCCUUUAAGCAAGAGGAAUCCGGCGAUAAGAUUAGCGGAUUUGGCAGCGACUCAACCCCUUCCUCAUCAGAAUAUGACAGGCUUCCCGGGGCUAGGGGGGCAUCACCCUCUCUCCCACCAUGCCCACCUCCACCCUGGGGAGCUGGGCAACGACCCCGGAGUGGCACUCACUCCAUUUGGACCAGAGCACAUGGCACAGACAAAUGCUCUCAAACUUAGCCCAUCUCAGCACAUUCAGAGCCAUCCCGAAGCCCAGACCGCGGCAUCUUUCACUUCUGCUCAGACCACAGUUGGUUUCCCCGUGGCUCACCCCCACUCAGGCUACUCAAGCAGCAGGGACUUCAUCCUCAGGAGAGAACUCUCAGCCUCUGCUAUGCAUGCACUUGGCGACCAGCAUAGUUCCGCCUCCUCCCCUCAUCACCAUGGCAUGUUCAUCUCCCCAACAGGUGCUUAUGGGCACACGGAAAGUGGGGCCCAUUCACUUUUCACUGGACUUCACGACCAGGCGUCCCCAGGUGCCCACCACCAUGCCCUCAAUGGGCAGAUGCGCCUGGGUAUACCGGGGGACAUCUACGGCAGGCCAGAGCACUUCGGGCACAGGCCAGAGCACUAUGGACCGUCUUCUCUCCACAGCUACAACUCCAUGAACCUCAAUGUGAACAUCGCUUCUGCUCCUCACGGAGCCGCGGGGGCGUUUUUAAGAUACAUGCGGCAGCCCAUAAAGCAAGAGCUAAUCUGCAAAUGGAUUGACCAGGAGCAAAGUCAGAAAAAGCCCUGCUCGAAAACUUACAGCACCAUGCACGAACUGGUCAACCACGUCACGGUGGAGCAUGUCGGGGGACCGGAGCAGAGCAGCCACGUCUGCUUUUGGGAAGAAUGUCCGCGGGAAGGAAAGGCGUUCAAAGCGAAGUACAAACUGAUAAAUCACAUCCGAGUUCAUACGGGAGAAAAGCCCUUCCCGUGUCCGUUCCCUGGAUGUGGAAAAGUGUUCGCUCGAUCGGAGAACCUAAAGAUUCACAAGAGAACUCACACAGGGGAGAAGCCUUUCAAGUGCGAGUUCGACGGCUGCGACAGAAAAUUCGCCAACAGCAGCGACAGGAAGAAGCACUCUCACGUCCACACCAGCGACAAGCCUUACUACUGCAAAGUGCGCGGCUGUGACAAGUCCUACACGCACCCGAGCUCGCUACGGAAACACAUGAAGGUGCACUGCAAGUCCCCGCCGCCCCCUUCCACCAACGUCACCUACAUCUCCUCCACGAACCCCCUCGGGGAUCCUCUGUCGCCCAACUCUGAACCGCACAGGAACCGCUCUGCGAACCUCUCCCCUCAGGUCACCAACCUCAACGAGUGGUACGUGUGCCAGGGGAGCGCAGGGCCCAACCACCUCCACACCCCCUCCAGCGACGUCCCCACGUCGGAUUCGGACGACGAGGACUCUUUCAGAAAUUCAGACCCAAGGACGAUGCUCUGAUGCCCCUUUUUACGACCACGUGACUGUCCAACUUUGCCAUCUAGUUGACCCAUUAUUAAAAACAAAACAAAAAAAGUGUGUAGAUCCAUGCUGGCCCGUGCGUUUGGGAUACUCAUGAGUUAAUUUUCUAAUUUUAAUUUUGUUUUUGCUGUAGUCACUCAAACUACUGUGCUAAAAUCAGAAAACCCACGUUAAUUGUGGACGCAAUGGAAGCUUAAUUAUAAGAGAAAGAAAUUUCUCUCAGGUGACCCCUGACCUUUAGCUACAGUCUAAAUCACACAUGUCAAAUACACAAUUUGAGAUUAGAUCCGACUUUGAAAAUCUCUUUAAAAGAACCAAAAAUCUCAACAUGAUCCAAAUUUCACUUGCAAAAUAAAUUCCUACAAGAUUAAUACGCAGAAUUUAAUUAACUGCUUGUCUUAAGACUCAACUGGUGUGCUGAAAUCUUCCCCUUGGCCUCCCAUCCUCCUCUUGCAGUUAAUAACUACACUGCAAUCAAUCACUGUCAUGUUAUGGAGAUUUAAAGGGGGAUAAAGGUACUGUGUGUGACCCCACAAAUAGUUAGUGGACAAAAUCUACAGGCUAGAGCUGAGACUUGUUUUAUUCUUUCGUGUGAUUUCUUUAAAAUGUGGUACAGACUUUGAAAAACCAAUAAGGAAAAAAAAAGAGGAGGCAAACAUCCGAGUGUCUUAAGGGUUCUCAUUUACUUUUUUCAGAUUUAUACAAUACAUGUGUUUGGAUGGAAUUUUGUAAUAUUUAAGAACUAUUUAAGACUAUAUUUUAUGCAAAAUACACAAGUGUAACGCUUGUUAAAGAGUCCAGUAAGUCCCUUGAGACCCUAAAUGUCUACACUGACAGGCUUUGACCCUGUAGGAUUUGUAUAUAUGUAACUGUAACUGAUGCUUGUGAAUGUUGUGUAGUUUUAAUUACGAAAAAAAAAUGUUGUUUUGUACAUUGUAAUUUAUUUGCUGGUAUCAAUGUUGUACUGGAAUUACAGAAACACCAAAGAAUAAUAAUAUCAGUUUUGGUGAUGCGUAGUACCCUGCUGAUGGUUUUAUUUUUUCUUCAAAAUUAUGUUUCACUUUUUUUUUUUGGUUUUGGUUCACUUUUUAUUUUUAUUUGUGCUCUUGUAAAAGAAGAAAACAUUUACUUGAAUAGGCUGUGUAAUGUGAAAAGUCCCUUUCUCGCAUGCCUUUUUGUAGUAAUCUGUCUUUCAUAUUGAGGUGCAUGGUGCCAUUGGAAAUAAUGGAGAAAAAAGAACAAAAAAAAGAAGAGAGAGAUGAAUCAGCUAUGAGUGUGCAGACCCUUGAUGUUCAAGAUUUAAUUUACAACAUAACAGUCAUGCUAAAAAAAAAAGUAAUAAUAAAAAAAUACCAGGACAUAUACAGUACAUAA